AUGGCCUUCGAGUUCAUCGACAACAGUACUACCAUCAGCAGGGCUGAGCGCAAGCGCAUCCGCAGCCAUGUAGCCAAAGGCCGCAACGUGGGGAAGACCAUCGUCCGCCCAUCCCGAAAGAAGCUUGCAGUCCCCCGGACAUUUUCACCCGAGAAUAAAGAGAAUCAACCGCGAGACAGAGAAAUCGAACGUCAAAUUGGCGACGGGCUAUCUGUUCUCGGGCUACCAGCGCCACCGACUCUGGCGUCCAAACGCCUCGUCCAGAAAGCCCUAACCUUCUUCUCCGGUCCCCGACAUGCCCCAGAGCUAGACAAGGCCCUCGAUCCCUAUGCUCGCAAUCCCGCCACCAUCUGGACGCAAUUCAUCUUCAUGGACGAGGCCUACUUCCAUUGUGCCAUGGCAAUGGCCAUAACAGCCUUAAACAGCCUGGUAGUGCAAUCCGAGGACCCAGCCGACGCAAUGCGUCACUUGGCGCUCUCGCUGCGCAUGGUGAAUCAACGACUCGUAUCCCCCCACGACGCCCUCUCAGACACGACCAUAGCCGUGGUUAUCAUGCUGUCUCAUUACGAGCGGCAUCAGGGUCAUAUGCGUCAGGGGCAGGUGCAUUUUGAUGGGCUGCUUCGUAUGGUGGAGCUGAGGGGUGGAAUUACGUAUCUGGCGAAGACCAAACCUAGUAUAGCCCUGAAACUGUACAUAACCGAUCUGGACUAUGCUCUCCAACUAGGUAUUUCGACGCAUUACAGCGUCGAUGACAUUUCAUAUGGCAUGACCACGCUCUUGGACCGCCAAGAUGACCUAGAGCAACACCGCGCCCUAUCACCUCCAUCUUUACUUCCAGCAUCUCUCUUCCAUGACUUGGGAACAAACCUCCAAGGCCUCCUGACAGACAUGAUAUCUUUCUCCCGCAUAGUCAACGAUGCCGUGUCGGGGCUCCGACCUACAUUUAGCGGCUACACGAUGCAUUGCACACUCCUCGUCCUGGGAUAUCGUCUCGUGGGCAUCAGUCCACUAGCCGGUCCCCGACCCGACGACCACCUCGUAGAUACUAUCCAUCUCGGCCUGGCGGCAUUCAUGGUGACGUUCCUACGAAGACUUGAUCGGAAGAUUGCGAAGAUGCCGCUUUUGUCUAGCGUCGCUCGCACGGCAUUGGAUAAACUCUAUCUUGAUGAGAAGGGGGCACAGGAGAAUCAGGAGGUCCUGUUGUGGUUCCUUUUCCUUGGUGCGGCGUCGGUUUUUAGGGGCGUGGAUCAUUCUUCGUGGUUGGUUCUGAAGGCGCGGCAGACGCUGAACGCUUUGGAUCUGAGCUCUUGGGGAGAUAUACAGGAGGUAUUGGUUAAAUUUCCUUGGGUCCAUACGCUUCACGAUAAAGCGGGCCGGGAGCUUUGGAAUCGAUGUUCAUUAGCAGAAGUAUGA